UACAAGAAAUCGAAGCACUUGCCAUCGUAUGGGGGAUAAAGAAGUUUCGACCAUUCCUAGAGUAUGGCCAUUUCACAGUGUUCACAGAUCACUCUUCCUUGCAGUGGUUGCUGAGAACAAAAGAAGAAAAACAAGGAAGACUGGCCAGAUGGGCUUCAGAGCUGCAUGGCCACUCCUUUGUCAUGAAGUACAUCCCAGGCAACUCCAACUUCGUUCCCGACAUGUUGUCUCGCAAUCCUCUUCCAACUAUCUCUGCUAUCAAAUCUGCCGAUGUGACCAUCGACUGGGAAGCUGAACAAACCAAAGACCAGCAACUGCUGCGAGUGAUAACGGACUCUUCCGCUAACUUUGUCCAAGAGAAGAAUAUUUGGUACAGAGUGGUCCAAGACCCUCGCUCUCCCAAGCGCAACCGUUUGUUGUUAGUUGUACCAUCCCAACUCCAACAGGAAGUGAUUCGCCUGAAUCACGAUCCUCUGUUCUCCGGCCGCCUUGGUGCCCACAAAAGCACACCACCCAAACUGCUUCCUCGCUGGGUCGGUCCCUUCCGUAUCCUGAAUGUAUUUUUUCCUUCGAGAUAUGAUGUCGGCCACUCGACAACCAUACCACAAUGUGGACAUCUCUCGACUCAAUCGUUUCCACGCGCACGAGUAAAACAUCAUUUUCAGUGGAGGGAUGUUGUGAACCGGUUACAUUCUUUUCAAUGUCAAAUUGUUGUAAAGUCACCUGACCUGACUCCACCUGUGCCUAAACCAUCCUAUGCCCUAAGCCGCUCACUAUGAUCUGUACCUAUGCCCGAAUAUAUCAGAGCGAACAAUC